CAUUCUCAAAAAAACUCACCCUCGUCCCCCGUUGCCCCCCGCGCACUGCCACCUCGCGCAGCCACCCCCUCCACCCCACACCGCCGCUGCUGCCCCGCCGCACAUCCCGCACCGCUGCUGCCCUUUGUGCGGUUCGCCGCGGCAAAGCGGAGGUCGGCCUUGACUGGCGGGCGAGCUCGGCCGCGACUCAUGACGACGCCGCGGGCAGAGCUCAGCCGCGACCGACUCCUCCCCGACCGAGCUCGGCCGCGGCUCCUGCCGUGCAGACUCCCGACGCAUGGCUGGGUGGUGGUGGCUGGUGGUGGCUCCCCUACUCGCGGCCCUGCUCCCCUGCAGCGGCGGAACCCCGGCCCACCUCGGCCUCGUCGGCGUCGAGCUCAAGCAGAUCCGCCGCGCCGAGCUUCUCCAGGUGCUCGAGCGGAUCUGGGUAGCGGAUCCGCGCCCCCCUCCUCGGCGCUCGAGCUCGGCCGGCUCCGGUCGCUCCCUCCCUCCCCAGCCUCCAGCGCGCGGCCUUCCCUCCCCACGCCUUCCUCCGCGGCUGCCGGCGAGCCGCACCACCCCACGCCUCCUACUCGCUCCCCCUGGCCUCCUAUGCUUCUGCUCCCCCCUGGCCGUGGGCUCGCGGCAGCCAGGUUUGGCGGCGGCGCGCGGAGGCGUCCGCUGGCGCGGCGGCCGGGCCAGGCAGCGGCGCGCGGGGGCGCCGUGCCGAGCCAGCGGACGCGCGGCGGCCGGGCGUGUUGGGCCCUCCUCUGCUCCGGCGGACGGGGAGCUCAGCUCCAUGUCCAACCGCCGUGCGAGCGGGGCGGACGCGCGCUGCGCGGCGCCCAGGCUGCGGCAGCGAGCGGCGGGCGGGGCGGAGGCCAGCCCAUGGCGGCGCGGCUUGCGGCGGAGUGGUGGCCCCGCCCCCGACGAUACUUCGCAGUUGAGAACAAAGUGCUGCUGUCCCACAUAGGUAAUGGACUACCACUGAAACUAUUUUGCAUUUCAGCAAGAAAUAGAUUAUACUUUCUGUAGACUUUCUAAAUUCAUUGCUGAAUUCUAACAAUGUUGCUAUGGAGCUUUAGAACAUGGAAAGACAAAAGUUAAGGAACCAAGGAACUCUACUAAGACGGGACUGCAGUUCUAAAUGGUUACAAUUCACUCAUGAUCGAUCACUUUAGUUUUGCUCUAAUUGAUCUUUUUGGUUCAGAAUUAUGCUUAGAAGAUACAAGUACAACUGGACUUCUGGAAUUGGCCUCUUCGAUCCAUGUCAGACAUUAAUUAGGUAUAAAAGAAAAAUGCUGGGUCUUCUAGAUACAAUUCCUGACUUAAGAUAAGAUGUGCAUUUCCAUACAAAACUGACAGUAACACUUUGCAGAAUUCGAUAAAUAGUUAAGUCCUACACCAUGUCUUCAUUGUUGACAUUUUAUAGAUCAAGUUCUACUUUUUAAUUGUUGCCAUACGCCCAUAUCUAAUUGUUAAAAAUGAAUAGCAUAGAAACGUUGAACCUGACUAUUUUAUAGACCAGCACUACAACUUUUUUACAAUCUAUUGGAUUUGCACGAAACUGUUUACUGCCCAGUUGUGAUUAAACAUAUACAAGAUGUCAAGAUCAAGUCUCUUCAACUCUCCUUCACUUCUCAGUACAUUUUUUGUUUUCCUUCCGUGGUAACAGCUAGGUUUCCACUGACUUUGCAUUAACAGCUAUUACUAUUCAAAAAUUAUGCCUAGGAAAAUGCCAUCUUAGAAACACUGCAUAUUUACUUCCUUCUGAAAAAUUAAAUUAUUGUCGUUCAUUGUGUGUCUAUGUUAAGCAGGGUUCGAAGUUAGUGCUGUUUGAGAUAAUUAUGCUUCUGCAGGAUUAGAACUGACUGAUACAUGAUAUCUGUAACAACUGAAUAGAUUCCAGAAGUUUUGAGAUUUCCAAUAUGUUUGACCUUUAGCCUUGAUGCUUAACUUCAUUAUUUAAGUUGGGAUGAAAAGUUCGUUCAACUUUGAAAGGCCAUCUCUUGGGUUAGGCAUCCUAACUGAAGCAAUGCUUUGGAAGAGUUAAUUCGAGCGGUUUAGGUGUUUUUUUUAAUCAGGUCCCACUCUUAUGUCUAUAUGUAAUAGACUAUAGGUAUCCAUUGUAAGGGCACGAUACAGGCUCAUAACUGUAUCACCUGGGUUUCUACCCC